UGCUGCUGUUACUGCUCGGUCGUGGUAGAGGGGUCAUCCAGAUAUGUUUUCGGCAAGAGCCGUACAGAUAGAGUUGAGUGUCGAUGGGGCUGGGGGUGGUGUACGGUAAUUUAGCUGGAGCCAUUAUACCCCAUCAACAAGAACAGAUCACGCGCGGCGCGGUUCAACUGAAGCGCUCCUGGUGGUGUGCGCUCCAAACUGCGCUUAAUCGUCAGCCGCCGAUUCAGUCGACAACGGGCCUUUGUGCCGUGCGGUUGUCUCUAACAACGUGACUUUUAUUACACAAACGUCCAGUGGUGAACAACAUUAUUUUUUCGUGUGCGAUGUAAAAUAUCAAGUGUUGUGUGUAUGGAUAUAAUUAUUCUAGUAGUGUGAUUGUAUGAGAAGAUGCGCGCCAUGGAUUCAACAACUACGUCGAUGGUAGAGAAUUCUGAACACCAUUUUAUGGUUGUCAACAAAAUAAAUCAUAAUAACAAUGUCAGUGUGUCCCCGCUAAUGAAAGAACAACAGCCUUCGCUGAACACAUGGCAUCCCCACGUGUACGCCAGUCCACCGAAAACCCCCACCCCCCACCUGAUAGCAGACAUCCUCGGCUGGACGUCUGCGCCUCUGCUGCCUCCGCGUGACAACAUCUCGACUGCUUCCACUGUUGAUGAGCAGCCUCUCAACCUGACCACGAGGAGUCGAUCGCCCGGCUUCCGAGAGCCGCCCCCCAAUGGCAGCGUCGUGCCAUCCCCCAUCAAUGGACACAUUACCACGCCGCCUCCGAAGGCGGUCGUCUCACAUCGGCGCAAUUCCAGCUCUUCCACCACUUCCAAUAGUUCUACCGCUGCGCCCGCUGUAACGCACUCUCCUAAAGAAUCGAAAAAGCGCAGCAAACCAUCCAAGGAUACAACGACAACCACCACGACAAACACAAACACCAGUUCGCCGUCGCCACCCCCGGGGGCGAUUAAGGCGAGCAUGGAAGCGGCGCGUGGUGGCGGCAGUCCAGUCGACUCGUCCGAUGACGGAGACAGGAAGCGCAAGAAGGCGAGGACCACUUUCACCGGACGACAGAUAUUCGAGCUGGAACGCCAAUUCGAGAUCAAGAAGUAUCUCUCGUCCUCCGAGAGGGCAGACAUGGCUAAGCUGCUCGGAGUCACUGAAACACAGGUGAAAAUCUGGUUCCAAAAUCGACGCACAAAAUGGAAGAAGCACGACAACCUGACCAACUCAGAGGCGGCCGAACACAAGACGACAACCGGUGCGACAACCGGCACGACAACGACAACGACAACCGUCGCCGGAUCCGGCACAGGUCCGGUGAUGACGACGGCGCCGUCCACCCCGCGGCCUCCGUCCAAGAAGUCUGCGACAAGCAGUACGGAGGACCACUCGUCGCUGGAUGGAUCAGAGAGCUGCUUCAGUGAGGCCGACUCCAAACCCGCCACGGUCGCCCCCACCCCUCCCCCCUCUCCACCACCACCUCUUAGACCACCUGACAGCCCCUCCCUUUCCACCAUCACCAGCUAACCGCACUACUGCCAAAAACGUCUGGAGGGGUGCAGGGUGCACGCAAUCACUCCUGCAGCUCUACUUAGCUUCUAUCUACCUAGACUUAGCGAGAAGGGUGCUUUGCUCUUUCACAUAAUUAGGAGGACUGUUCAAAGUAAUUUUACUUUUACAACUAAUUAGUUAUUCCAAGAAAUUUCAUUGACCAUGUGAGAGCACGAUCUCCAAGAUAGCAUUCAAAUGUUUUUUUUAAUAUUGCUAAACCGCGACCCACUCGUUUUGUUCGCAAAGUUGUGUUCUGACACACCCGUCCCUGAUUGAAGAUUCCGUGCAUUGUAAAGGUGCGUACAGAUUUACGCGCCGCGAACAUGAGCAAUUCACUUUUUAUCAGCUUAUGCCAAGCUUUUUAUAUCUGUAUCUUUCUGUAAAAUACAGAUAUAGUCAGCUGAUUAAAAGUGAAUUGCUCAUGUUCGCGUCGCGUAAGUCUGUACGCACCUUAAUCUAGCCAGCUAACAGCAAAACCUGGACCUACUUCCUCAAUGUUGUCAGCUCCAUGUGAAUGGCAUCCAACUAGAGAUGGCUGUGAUCUGAGAAUCUUAAGAACACGAUGUUCGCCCUCAACUACAGCAUUACCUUAAUGGCAUACAGUAUGACAGUGUAGGAUGCAGAUAUAUUGUUGAUUUAAUUAUUACUUUGGUGGUAUGUAGUUAAUUAAAAUGCUAUCUUGUAUUUCAUUUCUCUUAUUCCGUGUCCUUGAAAACCUGUAAUUGAACUUGCGAAUUUGAGUAAAAAAAUAAUUACUUUUAGUCAUUCAUCAGCUGAAUAGAUCUCGACUAUGAUUAAUGUACAUUAUCACAAACAUUUAAAAACUAUUCACAAAUAAACAAAGAUUCUUCCAUUUUGAUUAUCAACUUGAAAGAGUAUACCUUAUCUUUGCAAAUAGUAUCAAGCAUCAAAGCACAACUUUGGCCUACACGGAGAACGGUCGUUCCAUAGUUUUGAAAUGUUCUCUCCAAAUUCAUAGAUUUUUAAUCAUUUUCUUGGCUACUAUCCUGUUGCUUCUUCUAUGUAGGCCUAUUAUUUCCUUUUUAUUAUUAUCGAGAGUUAUUCAAUGUAUUUAUUUCUUGAAUCAAUUGAUCUUCAUUAUUUUGACACUAUACUGUAACUGUAGAAUAGUUUGAACAGUCCUCAUUUAACAUUGUUCUUUAGAAAACAAUAACUCGGCUGUGAUUGACGGAGCAGAGCCCUGAAAAUGUUUAAUUUAAUUUUGUAACUUUAAUCAUGUAUACGUUGUCGAAUAAAACUGGGAUUUAUUUUUGAAUUUGAUAAAAUUGUUGAAAUUCUGAGAAGUCGUCUGAUUGCCUCUAAUUCUCAACUCUGAAAAAUAUUUGUACUUAUCUUUCCAUUGCUAUUGGUAUUGUAAUAAUAUUUAACUGUGUUGCAUGUGUUCAGCUUUAUUUCGAUCUAACAUUCAUGAUAAAGUCUUCAGCCUUGUCUUGUGGAAUCUAUAGAAUUCGACUGUUAUAGAUAAUUAUAUGCUAUUCAAUGUUUUCCACUGAUAUAGAUAUUUUUAAUCGAGUAUUGGAAUAAAGUUGAUUGAUAAAAAAUGACAGAACUUCUGUUAUUUUGAUUUUCUCAAGUUAUCAUUGAUCUCAGUUCAAUAAUGAUAAUAAAAAAACUGAAAGAUACUCCAGUCUUUUCCACACUGAGAUAGAAGAGAGACUUUAAAGUUGUUAUUUUGAAAUCAAUCUAUUUGCCUGGAUUUAUGACAAUGUUGAAAUAUUGCAAGAUUAUUGAUAGCUCUAUCAAAUUCAGUUGCUCCCAUAAGAAUAAUUGAUUUCUCUCCUAUGCGGUUAUCGUUGCAUAGAUACUUUAUUCGAGCCUAACUUUCCGAAUCUGACUGACAAUAUUAUUCGUUAAAUAAGAACUACCUAUCCAUUGUUCAUUGAUUUUUUUAAACUGAAUAACCAUGAAUGUUAUACAAUUGAUCACAUUGAAAUUGAGUGAGAUAAUUAAAUAAUAUCCAUAGAUUGAUGUUGAUUCCCUGUUGGGGAAUCAAUAUCGUCAGUAUUAUACUAUAUUUUUAUCAAUCUAAACGUGAGUUUGGAGUCUUGAAACUUGAAAGAUUCCGAGAAAAUACUUUUUGUUAUGUAGGACUCCUUUUUUAUUCAUCACCAUCUUCUCAUUCAAUGUUGAUUUGAAUUUAUUAAUCCAAACAUUUGAUUAUUGGUCAGUUAGUCAUCAAAUUGAAUCGAACCAUUAACUGUGAUUAAAAAAUAAUUCAAUUAAUUCUUAACUUACUCCUUAUAAUAAUAACAAAUUAUUAUAAUUAUUGAUACUUUGAUCAAACUCAUUAAUUCAGCCAGAUUGAUUCUAGUCAUAUCUUCUUCCUAACCAAUACAAUUUUUGAUCCUGCAAUCCUCUUUAAAAAUUGAAAAUAGCAGGAUAUUUUUUAAUAACAACCAAGGUUCUAUACAACUCUGAUAACAACUUUGAAAUCUCUCAUUCACAAUAUUUUUCUGUAUAAAAUUCUAGUGAACUGAAAACGAUUACAGGAAUAUAAAUGUGACAUGUAUAGAUAUGUUUUGAAUGGAACGUUGUACUAUGUGUAAAGAGUUAUUGAAUUGGGUAUUCGCGCUUUAAAUCGUAUUUAUAGGCUAUGUAGAUUUUCUCAUAACACUUCUGAAACAAUAAAUCAUGUGCUGUACAUAGAACUUUCUGUUUAACCUUUUUUCCAAAAUCUUCUAGAAGUUUAGUAUAAUUUACAAAAUGAAAUAUUUUCAACUCCAAAUUUUCUGGACAAAUUAGUUCUAAAGUAAUCGUGGAUGUAAUUUUAUGUAAAACUCCUGGUUGCAUGGAUCCCAUGUCUUUUUCAAAACAGUAUUGCUUCAUGACGAUUUGCUUUAGUGUACUGCUGUAAAUUGUGUUACUUAGUUUGUUCAAAAUAUUAAGUGUAGACAUUCUAACCAUGCCAUUUUGUACCUUCUUGUAAGUUAAACUCAUUAUAGAUGUUCAGAUUUAUUGUCCGCCAGCUUCAAUCGAAAUUAUGAUAAAAAUCAAUGUGUAACUUAUUUCUCAUAUAAUUGAGAACAUUUCAUAGUUCUAAACUUGUUCUUAUUUCUAUUUUAUUUUUUUCAAUGGCAAUUAUGAUACUUUGGAAAAAAUUAAAUUAUGAGAGUAUUGUCUAUCGAAACAAAAAUUCAGUAUUUUUACACAAUUUGUUUUCAAAAAUUGGCAUGAUACUUUGUAUUUAAACAGAUAAAUUAUUUGGCUAACUUUACAGGUCAAACAGUCAUUUUAAACUGUGAUAGCCCUACUCAUAUGAAAAUUGAAGGUUAUUUUCAGAAUUCUAGAGUUCUAUGAUCCACAUAAUAAUUGGAAUUCGCUAAUAUUUUUUCAUUCAUUAAAUAAUACACCGUAAUAAUUAACUUCCAGAGAAAUGUAUUCAUUUUUGUUAUGAAGAUAUUAGUACCUACAGUAUACUGUGAA